AUGCUGAGCCACCGCGGCGACAACGGCUGCCCGGGCGCGUUCUACACCUACGACGCCUUCAUCCAGGCCGCCGGCAAGUUCCCUGACUUCGGCACCACUGGCGACGACGGGAUGCGCAGGCGGGAGCUCGCCGCCUUCUUCGGCCAAACCUCCCACGAAACCAACGGAGGAUGGGCAGCUGCUCCGGACGGACCGUUUGCGUGGGGAUACUGCUUCGUGGAAGAACGGGGGCAACAGACGGACCCACCCUACUAUGGACGAGGACCUAUACAACUCACCCAUGAAUACAACUAUGAGCAAGCCGGGCAGGCGUUGCAACAGGACCUGGUGGGCAACCCGGGGCUGGUGUCCAGCGACCCCGUGGUGUCCUUUGAGACGGCCAUCUGGUUCUGGAUGACGCCGCAGGGGGCGAAGCCGUCGUGCCACGCCGUGAUGACCGGCGGCUGGAUGCCCUCCGCCGACGACAGCAGCGCGGGGAGGGUCCCCGGGUACGGCUUGCUCACCAACAUCAUCAACGGCGGGCUAGAGUGCGGCCAGGGCCAGCAAACGGACGGCGACGCGAACCGGGUCGGCUACUACCAGAGGUACUGCCAGAUGCUUGGAGUGACAGAUGAUGACAACUUAUCCUGCGAGAAUCAGAAGCCUUACCCUAAUAAUUAA